GACUCGGUCUGACGGUCCAGACGGGAUUGGAGGGCGUGGGCUUCAGCUGCCUCUGACGACCUGAGUCAGUUUCGGCAGCAGGAGGGAGGGGAGGCGCCCCCAGCCUGCGAGGGACCUAGCAGAAUUGGCAAAAUGCCGCUGUGCCAUUGUGCAGUGAAACACAGUGAAUCAGACAUGGAUGGGUGUCAUUUUUCACCUGCUGGAGGGCUGAGGGUGUAUCUCCACUGGAAGAGUGAGGAGGAGGAACAGUACCAAACUUAUAUGCAGGGGACUCCUUGCGCUGAAGAGAUCUGCAUUGAUAUUGCACAGAAGAUUGGAAUUACGCCAAUCUGCUACAGCUUGUUUGCACUCUAUGAUCCACAGGCCAAAUUAUGGUUCCCUCCUAACCAUGUGUUUGACAUAGACAAUGGGAUUAAGUUAACUCUUCAUUUUCAGAUGAGAUAUUAUUUCCGAAACUGGCAUGGGACAAAUGAGAAGGAGCCAGUUGUCUGUCGCAACAUUCCUCGCCCAAAUGACUUGGAAGACAAGUCACAGAAGGGUGACCAAGGCAGUGCCCUGCUGGAUAAAUCAUCAUUUGAGUAUCUCUUUGAACAAGGGAAAUAUGACUUCAUUAAUGAUGUUGCCUCCCUAAAAGACCUACACACUGAGCAGGAGAUCCACCAGUUUAAAAAUGAGAGCCUGGGGAUGGCAGUCCUGCACCUCUGUCACAUUGCCCUCAAGAGAGGAAUCUCCCUCGAAGAAGUGGCCGAGAGAACCAGCUUUAAGGAGUGCAUCCCCCGCUCCUUUUGUCGGCAGAUUCAGCAAAACAAUUAUCUGACUAAGUUCCGCAUGAGGAAUGUUUUCAAGAAAUUCUUACAGCGUUUCCAGCGGCACACAAUGAGCACUGGCAAGCUGACAGAGCAGGACAUCAUGCACAAGUACCUGGCAACCUUGGAGAACCUGGCUCCAUGUUUUGGGAGUGAGCAGUUCACGGUCCUCUCACUGGAAACAGUUUCAGAGGGUGAGAAGGUGCCUCUUUACAUCAACGGCAGGCACCCUCAUCUGGAGAACUCCCAUGCCUGUUCUCCCAGCAACAGGCCUGCCACCCACGAGGUCCUGGUCACAGGCACAGAUGGUAUUCAUUGGCGUCCCAUCUCUACUGAGAGAUUGGAAGGCCAUCCCCAUAGAGGUUAUUUGGGAAGAAAGGCCAGGGCUAAAGACCACAAGCAGCCUUACCAGCCAGUGGAACGACAUGACUCCAAAUGGGUACACUUCUGUGACUUCCAGGAGAUCACACACGUUGUUGUUAAAGACUGCAAAGUCAGCAUCCACCGUCAAGACAAUAAGUGCCUGGAUCUGACUCUUUCCUCCUACGAGGCUGCCCUCUCCUUGAUUUCACUGGUGGAUGGUUAUUUCAGAUUGACAGCUGACUCUAGUCAUUACCUGUGUCAUGAAGUAGCCCCGCCACGGUUGGUUAUGAGCAUUCAGAAUGGUAUUCAUGGACCCAUGCAGGAGGAAUUCAUUUUGGCUAAACUGAAGCGGGAAGAACAGGAGGAUGGCCUGUAUGUCCUCCGCUGGAGCGUCCUUGACUUCAAUAGAUUGAUCUUGUUGAUACUGAAGAGAGGCCAGACCUUCCGGAUCCAGGAUGCCACAAGCUACAGACAGUUCCGAAUCCAGAAGAAGGGGAAUUCCUUUGUGUUAGAUGGCUGGGAGCAAAAGUUUCCUAGUGUCCAAGAACUGAUGAAUGCUCUCAAAGGCUGCACGCUGAGAUCUGGAAAUGAGAUCUUCAUUUUACGGAGGUGUUGUCUCCCAAAGCCAGGAGAGGUCUCAGAUCUGCUGAUCACACGAAAAGUGAAGGACAGCACCCGACAAAUUCUGAACUUGACCCAGCUGAGCUUCCAUCAAAUCCGAAAGAAUGAAAUCACCCAGAGAGCCCACUUGGGACAAGGAACAUGCACCAACAUUUAUGAUGGUGUGCUGUGUGUGUGCGGUGCAGCUAAUGGGGAUGACGAAACAGAGUACUUCUCCACUGAGCAGAACAACAACAAUCGUGAGAUGCACGUAGUACUCAAGGUGCUUGACCCUAGCCACAGGGACAUUGUCCUGGCAUUCUUUGAAACAGCCAGUCUGAUGAGCCAGGUCUCCCACAUCCACUUGGCUUUUGUGCAUGGGGUUUGUGUACGGGGCUUGGAGAAUAUAAUGGUGGAAGAGUACAUUGAGCAUGGCCCCUUGGAUGUCUUCUUGAGAAAGAACAAAGGGCAGAUAACAGUGGGCUGGAAAUUUACUGUUGCUGCACAGUUAGCUAGUGCCCUGAAUUACUUGGAAGGCAAAAACCUGGUGCAUGGCAACGUAUGUGCCAAGAACAUUCUGUUGGCCAGGAAAGGUUUGGAAGACGGCUUGAUGCCCUUCAUUAAGCUCAGUGACCCUGGAGUCAGUUUCACUGUCCUCUCCCAAGAAGAGCGAGUUGACCGGAUUCCAUGGAUUGCUCCAGAGUGUGUCAAAGAUGUAAGCAACCUCAGUACAGCAGCUGACAAGUGGAGCUUUGGAACCACAUUGCUGGAGAUAUGCUUUGAUGCGGAUGUGCCACUAAAAGAACGGACCCCUUCAGAGAAAGAGCGUUUCUAUGAGAAGAAACAUCGCCUUCCAGAACCAUCUUUCAAAGAACUUGCUACCUUAAUUAGCCAGUGCCUGAACUAUGCUCCUGGAGAGCGGCCUUCCUUUCGGACCAUCUUGCGAGACCUCACCCAACUCCAGCCACAUAACCUCCUUGACAUCACCUCUGUGAACCCUGAAUUCCCUGUAUCUGAUCCUACUAUCUUUCAGAAGCGCUACCUGAAGAAGAUUCGAGAUCUGGGUGAGGGUCACUUUGGCAAAGUGAGCUUGUACUGCUAUGAUCCCACCAAUGAUGGCACUGGUGAGAUGGUAGCAGUGAAGUCAUUGAAAUCGGGCUGCAGCCAGCAGCUGCUGACCAGCUGGAAAAAGGAAAUUGAGAUCUUGAAGACCCUCUACCAUGAGAAUAUUGUCAAAUACAAGGGUUGUUGCAGUGAGCAAGGGGAAAAGGUUGUGCAGCUUAUCAUGGAGUAUGUGCCUUUGGGGAGCCUGAGAGAUUAUUUGCCCAAGCACAAUGUCAGCCUGGCUCAUAUUCUCCUCUUUGCCCAGCAGAUUUGUGAGGGAAUGGCUUAUCUGCACUCCUUGCGCUACAUCCACAGAGAUCUGGCAGCCAGAAACGUACUUCUAGAGAACGAGAAUGUAGUGAAGAUUGGAGACUUUGGCCUUGCCAAAGCCAUCCCUGAAGGACAUGAAUAUUACCGUGUCUGUGAAGAUGGAGACAGCCCCGUCUUUUGGUAUGCUGUGGAGUGCCUGAAGGAGUGUAAAUUCUACUAUGCUUCUGAUGUUUGGUCCUUUGGGGUUACUUUAUAUGAACUUCUGACACGUUGUGAUUCUAGUCAAAGCCCCCCAACGAAAUUCAUUGAGAUGAUUGGAGCAACUCAGGGUCAAAUGACGGUGCUGAGGCUUAUAGAGCUACUGGAUAGAGGGAAAAGUCUGCCCAUCCCAAAGGACUGCCCUUGUGAGAUUUACCGCCUAAUGAAAAACUGUUGGGAAUCGGAAGCUUCAUUCCGCCCAGCCUUCACAAACCUCGUGCCUGUCCUCAGAGCCUUCCAUGAAAAGUACAGGUCCCAGGCCCCCUCAGUUUUCAGUGUGUGUUGAACAUGAUGCAGAGGAUCUUGGUCAAAUACCAUGUUCUUCUAUGUACUCAGUGUCUUGAUGCUGUUUCUGUGUGCCUAGAAAGCCACAGUGCCAUGGACGCUGUGUCAAAGGGUUGGCACACUUUGAGACUCCUGCUGUUUUGGUAUCUAGAGCCAGCAUAGAGCAUUUCUGCCUUUUUGCCCUAACCAAAUGUGAUGGAACUUGGGUACAAAGUUUCUGUCCUGAACAAAGGCAGAGGCUGUUUAUGAAACAGAGUCUGUUGCUGUACCCAGCCCAUGCCUGAGUAGUCUGGAAGGCCAAGGGACUUGGUCUGAGUAUGUGACAUCACAGGUAUAGAAAAGUGAGUGACACUUGAGUUCUUCACUGUCUUUUAAUGGACUCCUGGGCCUACUGGUCUAGUGCAGAGAGAGAGAGUAUGCAGCUUGGAUUAAAAGGACACUGGGAAGGAGGCUAAAGUUAGUCAAGCGCAAUGCUCUGGCUUACUAUAGGAAAUAAUUGUCUUGGACAGAAUGUUAAGUGCUGCAUCUGCUUACUGAAGAGACGGAGGCCAUCUGGUCCUUUCAUGUUCCUUGGAAAAACGUUGCAAGAAAAUGUUCUUUUUCUGAGACUUGCCUUUGGCCUUUUUUCAAAGUAACUGCUUUUGACUCCCAAAGAUGUAUGAACUACUCUUUCCCCCACCACCACCUGGUUUCUAGGUAUUUCAGAAUUUCUGGAGCCUUUAGAUAUCACCAUCUUCCACCUUUAGUAUAACCAUCUUUGCACUUCCUCUUUGGACAAGGCCCUCAUCUACCCAUUGUGGAGCCAGGUAUGGGCUCAGCUGAUUGGAUACUAGAGAGGUGAAUGUCUUAUCAUAUGUAAGUUGUCAUACCUCUACACUGAGGGGAUUGCUGCCAAAAAGCUAACUUUGCUUCAUCCCAAAUGAAGAAAAGGUUCUUCUUGUUGUCCAGAUAUACACCCCCACUAAUGAGAACUCACCCCAUACAGUAAACACCUCACUUGUUCUCUUGGAACGCCCUCAGAGCCUGCUGUCAAGGUUAUAAACAGACCUGCCUUUUUGUUGUACCAAGACCCAUUCUCUUUGUUGUUGGUUUUGAGCAACCAACCAAUACUCUGUCCGUGCACAACCCGUCCUCAGAUGUUGCCAAUCAGAAGCUGUACAUUUAAAGUGAGGAGGAGGUGAAAAGGAAGCCUCAAAUUGUAUUGAAAUUGAAGAUGAUUAAUGCGUUUUGGCCACUAACUUGGUUACCGUUGCCCAAUAACCAAACAUGUAGUGAAGUAACAGUGGCUUCUGCUGGCAAGGCCACAUCCUGGAAAAGCCAGCUGUCGCAUACGCCUCAGAGGGACUCAGAUGUGACCCUGGUCAGUUUUUUAAAAUGCCUUCUUUCUAAGCCAUAGGAGCUAUUAUUUUCAUUCCAAGUCUUCAGGGUCAUUCUUACCAAAUCUGUUUUGAGCAGAGCCAACUCUAUUUCCAUAGAUGCAUUUCAGAUCCUGUUUGAGAGGUGCUCUUGGCUCCAAGUUAUGGGCAUGCUCUGUAGGGUGCUACAUGGCCGUUAUGCUAGUUUGCCUUCAAUACUAAUUCCUCCAUUGACAACCUGCAUUCUCAGGCAGCGGUGUCUUCUCCAUAUUGGGGACUGGUGCUGACUGCAUUUGGUUAACCUGAGACUGUAGAAUAUUGAUGAGCCUGUCCCACACUGGUUCUCUUCUGACAGAGCCAAGGGAGGUGGAACCAGGCAGUUGUUGACACACUUGCCUCUUAUGUGGCUCUUUAUAUCGUUAAAGACUGCCUUUAAGAAUGAGCGGGUUCUGCAGUAUAAUCUCCUUUUGGAGGGGAUGGGCAUAUAAUAUAAAGGAACAAUAUGUCCAGAUUGUUUAAAAUCCUUCAUGCAUUGCUACCUGUGCUGUGAAAGCCAGUUGUGCAUUUGGACAUAAAUCAAUAUGAUGCAACUGCUUAUUUCUUCAUCGGUCCAGUUCUCCAAAGGCUAAAAGGAACCCCUACCCUGCUUCUAGAUGGCCACUUAGCUGAGGUAUAACACUUAAAAGGAGGUGAUGUAGAGGAAGGGAAUGCAAAAGGAGCCAGCAAGGCCCCUGAGUAUAUUGCCCAUUUUACCUAAGCAAUUUAGGUCUUCAAACUCUUUGGCUGGUGUCCAAGUUGAUGCACAGCUCUUAAUACCAAAUGUCCAGAACUGGAGGUGGGAUGUGUGUCUUAAAAUGCUUCAUACAAUGUGUUUAUUCUCGGGGGCUUUAAUCGGCUACCUUUGUACCAAAUAGGGUGUGAUAUGCAUGAUUAUGUCUGGGUUUUUGAUGGGUACACCUGGCAAUCCCAGAUGUAGACUGACCAAAAAACCCCUUUGUUUGACCUAUCUUGGUGGCCUGCUCUUAAUCACCCAAUGAUGUUUGGCAGAAUAUAUUAUUGCAUGAGUAUGCCUUUCUUUUUUGGCUUGAAGGCCAAAUAUAUGCCAGAAUAGUUCAGAGAUGGCAAGUGGAGCACUGCUAGGAUUUUUGAGCCAAAGGUAAAACAAGUCAAAUGUACCUAUCAGGAACUCCUAGAAGGUAGGUAAGGGAUAUGUAAAUCCUGUCCUGUCCCACCGCUGGCAGACAUGGGCAAGACCCAGAAAACUGUGACAGUAGAGCCUAAGGGAGCAGGGCAGCACGCUCCUGUGCCUGCUUGCUUAGACGUCUGUCCUCUUGAGCUUAAUAGGGUGACAUACAAAUAAAGUUCUAUAGGACUGCAGCCUUAGGUUUGUUUUUAUUGAACAUUAUCCCCCAUGUUCUUUAAAGUGUGUGUAGCAUUAAGGGGAUGUGGUUUUCCUUUCAACUGUGACUUUAUAAAGACUUGUAUGUUAGUUCUCAAGUCUGUGGGACCACUUGGCAUAAAAAACAAGAGAGGUGUUUGGUGUUACAUCACUUUUUAUUCUUUUGGAGGACUGCAUGCACAACUAUGGGUAAACAUGUUUUAAAACUUGUCUUAUCUCUCUCUCCCUCAUUGCACCCAAGCCUGCACUACCAGCCCUGUCUCUGGAGUGUGGAACAAUGCCACCUGUCUUAGCUAGCAAGUUAUCUUUGGCCUACAAAGCUAAACUGGAAAACUUUACAGCAUUGUGCCUUUUGCAUCUGGAGCUGCACUGAAGAUUUGAGGCAAGGACUCCUCCCUCCACAGGAGCGUGGGCAAGCUUCAGCUCCGUCUCCCUUGCUUUUUCUGCAUCCAAAGCUGCUCUGUGUGUGUAUGGGUGUGUGUGAACGUAUAUGUACAGAGAGAAUGAAUGUGAGUUCUCUAUUGGAAACCUUGCUCUAAUGUGAAUGUAUUCUGUACUAGUCUAGCAGCAGCUAGAGUCAUCAACCAAAAGUAAUAUGCUGGUAAUGCCCUUUAAAUUUUCUUCAAUUAAACAGUGUGUAACUUUUAA